AUGGCACCCACAGCAGUAGCAAGCAAACCCAAGCUCGAGGUCUCGGUCGACCGCCCGACGCCCUACACUUUCGACCUGGGCAUCCUGCUCGCCAACGACCCGAACCCCAUCUCCGCGGCCAGCGGCACGACCUACGACGAGAACGACCAGCCCAUCACCACCACCACCACCAGCUCCGGCCCCGCCGUCACGACGACCAGCGAAGCCAAGGAGGCCCAGCUCGCGGCCGUGGCCCGCGACGCCGCGCAGUCCCUGAUCAACCAGCUGCUCACGACAUGCCCUCUGCACUCGGCGCCGCAGGGCGUCCUGCUCACCCUCCCCCACCCCACGACGCCCAUGCCGCGCGAGAAGCCCCUCCCGCCGCCCAAGCAGCCCACCAAGUGGGAGCUCUUCGCCGCCCGCAAGGGCAUCAAGCCAAAGACCCGCGAGCAGCGCCGCAUGCGGAACCAGGUGUUCAACGAGCAGACGGGCGAGUACGAGCGGUCGUGGGGCUUCGACGCCAAGGCCCACCACAAGAAGAAGGAGGAAGGCAUCAUCCAGCAGGACUGGCUCGUCGAGCUCAAGGGCGACGGCAAGGGCGGUGCUGCCGGUGGUGCUGGUGCUGACAAGGACGCCGAGGGCGGCAGCGGCAAGCCGGAGAAGGUCAGGAAAGUCAAGGCUGGCGGCAAGCCCUUCUCGAAUAAGAAGAGGAAGAUGCUGGCAACCAAGUAA